ACAAAACAACAACCUUCCGAAGUGACUGGGGUGAUUCUGAAUCUCUUUGAUACAAGAUCCGUCCCAUACGCUCUGCUCUCUGUUUCUCUUCUUCUUCCUCCCUCCAUCUCUCUCAAAGAAAAUCUCUUUCUGCAACUCUCAAGGGCGAAGUUUCUUUCUUGUGGGUAAUGAAACUUCUGGGUUGAUGGGGUUGAUAGCAUUUUUAUUAUAAACAAAUAUAAAGAUAAACAGGAAAAAAAAUCUUAAAUCAGGAAUCGUAAUAUAAAAUUCAAAUGAACAAACAAUAUGUUUUAUUGUAGAAAUGGUAACUGCCAUCAGUAUCAUUGUGCUAUUUUUAUUAUAGCAAGUUAGGAAUUAAGUAGAGUAUGUGUGAUUUGGUAGCUCGUACUGGUCGACUUCAACAGCGUUACGAGGCUGGUUAUCGCCUUGUCGCUGGGUGUAUUCCGUUUAGAUGUAAACACCUUGAUGAGAGCAGUAAUGACACAUCUGAGAAGGCUGUGGAGGUGCUUAUGAUUAACUCACCAAGUGGACCAGGUCUUCUGUUUCCGAAGGGAGGCUGGGAGAAUGAUGAAACAGUAGAAGAGGCAGCAGUGAGAGAGGCCUUAGAAGAAGCUGGAGUUCGAGGAGUUCUGAUGAAGUUCUUGGGAUAUUACAACUUCAAGAGCAAAACCCAUGAAGACAAGUUCAACCCGGAGGGGUUAUGUAAAGCUGCCAUGUUUGCCUUGCUGGUGAACGAGGAGCUCGACUCAUGGCCGGAACAGAGUACGCGUGAGAGGAGAUGGUUAUCGGUUCCUGAAGCAGCAGAGCUCUGUCGCCAUUCUUGGAUGAAAGAUGCACUAGAAAAUGGCUUUGCUGAGUGGUAUUCGAAGAAGGAUAUCAUGAACUCAGGCAAGGAGGAUGGCCAACCACCCACCUCGGAACCUUCUUCCCCAGAGCACAAGUGAUUGAAAUCUCCUCUCGUUCUUGUGUAAUUUUUGGAAGCAGAUAUAGUUUCAGUUUACAUUUUUCAACCUCGUGAAUCAUUCAUCUGGAAGAUAUUUUAUGUCAUACAAUUUCACCAAAUUAAAGACGUGAAUAAUGACAAUUUAAAGUUGGGUGGGUCUAUGAA